AUGUCAGCUCAACCUCAACAACCAGAAGCCAUCAUCCUUUUCGCUCGAGGUACCCUAGCCUUACUUGACCUCUGGCCAGCACUUACCAUCGCAGUAGCAGAACAAUGGGGUGGUACCGAAUCAGCAGCCAAAAAAACAUGGUUAGCUUCUACCCUCAUUGACGAAUUCGAAACUCGUGCUCCUUUCUUGCCUAUCGCCAACGCAGGUGAUCUUCCUGUGGUCGAUCCCAAAUCAGCUAAUGAUCCUCCAUUGGAUGUCGACGAGGUCGGCGACUUGUUACAUCAAAUCAUGUCAGAUGAGUUCGAUGCGAAUCUAGAAGAUGGAUCGAUCGAUUCCGUAUCUUCGGAUCUCAUUAGAUUAUGGAAAGAUAUACUCGGUCCAAAUCCUCUGGUUUUGGUAGAGGCGUUGGAAAGGAAAGCCGGCGAGGUGAAGAAAAUGGGUGUGAAUGCUGCUCGAGGUGCUGGAGGGGCGGAAAGUCAGUCGGAAGGCGAAGAUUCAGAUGAUUACGAGGAUGAGGAUGUUGAGAUGGAUGGACAGGACGCUCCUCAGUUGGUAGAUAACCAAUCGCAACAAUCGAGAGAAAGACAGGAACCCGUGGUAGAUGAUGAUGGAUUCACGUUGGUACAGAAAAAAGGUGGAAGAAGGUGA